AUGUCAAAAUCAGUUAAGAGUUCGCAUCGCGACAGCACUCGUGAUAUAUGGCGUCCGAAUAUGGGGGAGGCUGAGAGAGGGAGAGGUCGCCCGCGGUCCCAAUCAAGAGAGAGGAGACGUUCGCCCCCUGCUGGUCCUAUGAAGAGAAGACAAGGCGGAGAUCGUGACUUUAGGAGCCCGGAUAGGGGAUCAAGGCCAUUUGAUAAACCACCUCCGUCAUCCCGACGACGCUCUCGGGAGAGGAGUAGAAGCGGUGGUAGACGUUCACCUCGCUACGAGUCAACAUCACCCAAACGCCCCCUUCGCAACGAGAAGACAGGUGGCCGACAUGCUGGCGGUGGUGCUUCGGAGUCACGACAUUCUAAUCGCUAUAAACGACAUCGACCCUCUGGGUCCCCUAAUAAACGCAGACGUUCUAGAUCCCCGGGUCAUUCUACUAAUAGGCACUCAUCAAAAAAGACACGGAGGCCAAGGUCCCUUUCAAGGUCUCGAUCGGUAGCCAGGCGUGGUAAAAGAGAUUGCUCGGCUUCGCCAAGGCCAUUAUAUUCACCACCACCUAGGAAGUAUAAGCCUCCGAAUCGAGGCCCUGAUAAUCGGGAUAGAUCUCUGUCUAGUUCUCCUAGACGCUCGCCUCGGGACUUUCGAUUUAGGUCCCCUAUCCAUCGAUCGAUACGAGGCUCGCCGCUGCCACCAUCCAGGCGUCAUUCACCUCCUCCGUCAAGGGGACGUUCGGUAUCCCCUAUGCAACCACCACCGCCAAGGGGACGACGUGGUUUUCGACGAAAUUCCCGGUCACCACCGCCAACCGGGCGUGGUCGGCGCCAAUUUUCUUCUCCCCAACGUCACCAUAACCGGUCACCAAGGUUUCAGUCACCAUCUUAUCCGCAGCCACCCCCAGAAAAAAAACGAUCACCAAACCCACUGGCCACUCUAGAUAAAAGUCCUCGGCCAAAAGCACCUUAUCCUAGCCACUCUCAUGCCAGGGAGUUGGGAGAGCACCGCACAGCUGUGAAUUCCAAGCCUGGCAAUCAACCAUCAGUGUCCAACAAUGAUUCUCGGGGUGGAAUUGUUUCAGCACAAGACCAGUCGGGCCCUGACGCACAUGAAGGUCAAGGUCCUGUUGAGGGUUCUUCUAAGACUUUCACUCCAGAGAAAAAUACUCAGAAACCAGCUCCUCCAACAGCACCGCACAUAAAUGAUGGUCCCUACGUAAAUCCGGAGCGUCAGAAAAAUAUUCUCGCAGAAGACACUCCGGGAUUCGGCAGGGGUCGGAGGUUUUCAAGAGAACAUCCAACAGGCCCCUCGCGAGGUUAUCAUUAUCAGGAUGGUCCUCCACCUGGCAGUCGGCGUGGAUCACAACAUUCAGAUUAUCAUGCCCCGUUUUCCGGCCGUGGUUCUCGUCAAGGUCAAUUUUCACCAGAGAGGCGUCAGUCGUUCGAAGAACGUAGGUCGGGCCGUCGCUUCGGAGGAAGAGGUCAUAGAGGACGGGGGCGUGGUGGGGGGGGAGGUGGAGGAAAUGUCCAUGAUGAUGGAGGAAUGGGAAGAGGAAGGAACCGGUUUGAUUCACAUGAGCAACCACCAACACACCCGCGCCAAAGCCGUCCUGCUACGCCCGAGGAUUCUCGCCGCCCUAGCUCUAGGUCUAAGGAUGGGUCACAAGAAGGCCAUCACGAAAAAGAGGAUGACAAUGGCAAGAUGUUAACUUCUAGGAACAGCUCUGUAACCCGAGAGUCAAACCCACAAGCUGAUCAUGAGAUGCCUCCUCCUUCCUGGCCUGUUUCCAAGAAUAGCCCGGAGCCUCCUCCUCAGGAUUCUCGUUCUUUCAAACGCAUAUCCGGUGGUCCAAACGCAAAUCGUGCACCCACCUCAGGAGGAUCUGUUUCAACUGGUGAAAGUAAGGGCGCAAGCAAUUUUCGGCCCUUCGCACUUGGUCUUUUCAAAAAUAAAAAGUCACUACCGAAGGCCCUCGAGGUUUCGCGAGAGCCACACUCAAGAGGACCUCUGAGGGGGUCUGGCGUCAAUAACAUUCCUCUAGGAAAGAAUGCUGAGGCACUCAAAAAGCCCACAAAACGAGAGACACCACUACCGCCGACAGCAUCGAUGAGUAAUUACCGGGAGACAGAACAAGUGCCCCAAGUUCCAGAGACACCUCAGGCUCAUACUGUUGUUCGCCCACAACCUCCUCCUGCCAAGGAGUCAAUUUAUACCCGGUUGAGUAUGGUCGGGGAAGGCACUUAUGGUAAGGUGUACAAGGCGUCCAAUAGCGUUACAAAAGAAUUGGUUGCACUGAAGCGUAUUCGUAUGGAGAGCGAGAGAGAUGGCUUCCCUAUUACAGCGGUGCGAGAAAUGAAGCUCUUGCAAGCAUUAAAGCAGGACAAUGUAGUCUCCCUUCUGGAAAUGAUGGUUGAGAAGAGUGACUUUUACAUGGUGUUCGAAUAUAUGGAUCAUGACCUCACAGGAAUUCUCAACCACCCGACAUUCAGACUCGAGCCCUGUCACAUUAAGCAUCUUGCAAAACAGUUCUUUGAAGGUUUGGAAUACCUUCACCAUCGCGGUGUCCUUCAUCGUGAUAUCAAGGGUUCCAAUAUUUUGCUCAAUAAUGAUGGGCAAUUGAAGAUUGCCGACUUUGGACUCGCUCGAUUUUAUACGAAGGCCAGUAAAAAACAAUUGGAUUAUACUAACCGCAUCAUAACCCUUUGGUAUCGUCCUCCCGAGAUCCUCCUUGGUGCUACCGCCUAUGGCCCUGCGGUUGAUAUAUGGAGCGCUGCCUGUGUGUUUGUUGAACUUUUCACAAGACAGCCAGUUUUUACAGGUAAAACUGAGAUUGAUCAGCUGGAUACCAUCUACAAUGUCAUGGGUACUCCUAGCGAGAAAAUCUGGCCUGGUCUGAAAGAGACGCCAUGGUAUGGGUUAUUGAGAACACCCGCGCGGCGCCGACCCAAGUUCCAGGAAAGAUAUUCAAGCCUCUUGCCAGAUACUGCUAUGGAACUAGCGACACAAAUGUUACAAUAUGAUCCUGACAAGCGACCUUCGGCCGAAGAGAUUCUGAAACAUCAGUACUUUCUGGAAGAACCGGCUCCCGCUCCCCCACUUGGUUUGCGUGACCUUAAAGGAGAUUGGCAUGAGUACGAAUCCAAGAUUGAGCGUCGGAGAGAACGUGAGAUCAACGAAAAGAAGAAGCGGGCCCUGCACGAGGUGGACCGCAGGAAGUGGAAAGAAGCCCAAGCUGAGAAGAAGAGACUAGCGCAACAGGAGUACAACCCUGAACAGCCUAUAUCGGCUACAGCUACUAAGCGAAAGCGCGAAGAUGGUGACAUUGAGCCAUCUGGGUCUUCUGGUUCAGUCAAGAAACGGGAGGUCGGAACUUGAUGACUGGCGGCGGUGUUAGUUAACGUGAGAUGUUCGGGUUUGUAAUUUUUUAUUAAAAUUUAUUUUCCUAUCCCUCAAUUUCUUCCUGCCUUCCUGCCUUUCCAUCUUUCCUCACUUCUUAAACGCAAACAAAACAAAAAAUGGGAUGUGGAAAAAAUUUGGCGUUUAGGGAUGUUCUUUUUGUCCUCGAUAAUACAAUCCAUCACCCCCCUCCCCCCUCUUUCUCCUCCCAUUUGGCAAAAUUAUUUUGC